AUGGCAGACAGAAAUCUAAUCUCAUCCUUCAUGGGUAUUUAUUCUUCACAAAAAUCAUUCUUUUGCAUGUUCUUAAUUACCUCAAUCCUCCUCUUCAUAUUCUCUUUACUAUUCGUUUUACGUUCAUCCGUUGGCUAUUCUCCUUUUCUAGAUCAUACCCAAUUACCCAAUUCAAAUCUCCUUUGUGGGAAUUCAAUCUCAACUCGAACCACCAUUCUCAAAGUUUUCAUGUACGAUCUUCCUCCCCAAUUCCAUUUCGAGCUUCUAGAUUGGAAACCCAAGUCAAAAGACAUUGUUUGGCCCGAUAUUCGAAACGAAAUUCCAAGAUACCCGGGUGGUUUAAACUUACAACAUAGUAUAGAAUAUUGGCUAACACUUGAUCUUCUCUAUUCCGAGUUAGCUAACCCCAAUAGCCUUCAAACAGCUAUUAGAGUACGAAAUGCGAGUGAAGCCGACGUUAUCUUUGUCCCUUUCUUUUCGUCGUUGUGUUUCAACCGCUAUUCGAGGUUGAAACCUCACGAAAAGAAGAGCAAGAACACUAUGUUACAAGAGGAAUUAGUGAAAAUUUUGUAUGAGAAAGAAGAAUGGAAGAGAUCAGGUGGGAAAGAUCAUAUAGUUUUAGCUCAUCAUCCAAAUAGUUUAUUAGAUGCGAGAAUGCAACUUUGGCCUUCAAUAUUUAUACUUUCGGAUUUCGGAAGAUACCCGCCAAAUGUAGCCAAUGUUCAUAAAGAUAUAAUUGCGCCAUACAAACACGUCAUAAGGAGUUUCGAGAAUGAUUCAUCGAGUUUUGAUAGUAGACAAACUCUUCUUUACUUUCAAGGCGCGAUUUAUAGAAAAGACGGCGGUUAUAUUAGACAAGAACUUUUCUAUCUACUAAAAGACGAGCAAAACGUCCAUUUCUCAUUUGGAAGUAUUCAAAAAGACGGAGUGAACAAAGCUAGCGAAGGAAUGCGUGGUUCGAAAUUUUGUUUGAAUAUCGCGGGCGAUACUCCUUCGUCUAACCGCCUCUUCGACGCAAUCGCUAGCCAUUGUGUUCCGGUUAUUAUUAGCGAUGAGAUUGAACUUCCAUACGAGGAUGUGAUUGAUUAUACUACGUUUUGUUUAUUUGUUCGUUCCUCGGAUGCUGUUAUGCCGAAUUUUCUUAUAAAUCUUGUUAAGAGUAUAGGAAAAGAUGAAUGGACACAAAUGUGGAACAAGAUUAAGGAAGUUAAGGGUUUAUUUGAAUUUAAUUUUCCAUCGAGGAAAGGUGAUGCGGUUCAAAUGAUUUGGCAGGCUAUCGCGCGAAAGGUUCCAUCUAUGAAACUUAAAAUUCGCAAGUCUCAAAGGUUUUCGAGGUACAAUGUUGUUGAAUAUAGACAGCCGAGUAAAGGUUUUCAAUUGCCUUCUAAUCUUGCCGAAUAA